AUGUGGCUAGCUCGAGUAAAGGCCCUGAAUGAGGCCAGAUUGGUCAACCAACAAAUUAGAUCUCUCUCGACAACUCAAAAGACGAAAAAAGUUUUUGGAAUUCAAUGGUUUGCCAAAAAUCGUAAACUGACUGAUGCUGAAGCUGCGGUUAGUCAAGCGCCAAUAAAUACUCGUGCAGGUGCAAUCGAUAAUCCAAUCUAUCAAACCCACACCAUGUCCGUUGUACAGGAAGACGAUGUUUUCAAGGGGUAUGCUCGUUUCAUUUGAUUUUUUAUAGUUUUAGGAAGCUAUUGUUAAAAUUUUACAUUCUUCAGUUCUGGGCUCAAAGUUUUUAAAUUAGUGCAUAGAACAAUCUCCAUAAAAAUAAAACACUACUUUUUAGUGCUUGGUAUCGAGAACGGCCAGCAAAUGAGAUUAAAGCCGACAGAAUUUGCGGAACUAUUGCUGCCACUUUCUUUUGGGCUUGGACUUUCUAUGAGCUAUACUAUCGCUACGAAAUGUUCAUCGUAAGUUUAAGUCAAUAACUGGGAUAAGAUUAUAUAUUGUGUUAGUUCUCUUUUCAAAUUAAAAAACAAUAUAUUACGAAAAUCAUCGUUUAGGGCCAUUUCUACAUCCCCUACGGUGCCGAAUUCACCGACGAAGAGCUGGGAAUUCCCCCAGACGACGCUCCCGAUCCAGAAUACUGGGGACAUCACGGUCAACGCGCUUCUACCUAUCGUUAA